AUGGCGGCCGAUAAAGACAGCCUCGACACCCGCGUCCCGCCGACCUGCCCCGCGGCCAUCUCACAGAUCCUCACCCACGCCUGGCACCACGACCUCGCGGGCCUGAAGCCACUGCUCAAUGUGCCCGGCCGGGCGAGCGUCCAAGAGCCCACCACAGGCGAGACGCCCCUGCACGCCGCCAUCCGCGCCUGUGGACCGGCCGCGGCCGGUAGCAACAGCGACCCGGCAGCGGUCAAGGCCGCAACCGCCGUUGUCGAGGAGCUUUUCUUCAGCGGCGCCAUCUGGAAUGACGUCGACUCGAACAAUGAGACCCCCGGCGACGUAGCUGCCCGGCUGGGCCAGACCGACCUGUAUACUAUGUGCGUUGAGGCUGGUGUGAGGGCUGAGCUGCUCUUUGGCCUGCUGGAGGGCUACGAAGCGCUCUCGUCUGAAGACGAGGACGAGGAUAUGGCGGAGGCGGAGGCGGAGGAGGCAGGUGGCGAGAACGGCACCGCUGAGGUAGAGAUCGAAGACCCCGACGAGGCCCCCGAGCUCGUUGACACCGAGAUCGUCGACGAGAACCCCGACCGCGCCUUUGCGCCCCCUCAACCCGCCAACGGCGGCGACGUCAACAGCGAGGACUACCUGCGGUCCAACCUGGUGUACUCGGACGGCAAGCUGGUCGACGCCGACAAGAACGGGGUCAUGAUGGCCUGGGAGACGUCUAUCAUGCGCGCCUCCGUCGAUGCGCUGCUGCCCGGCCUCGAGGCGGGCCGCAAGAUUCUGAACAUUGGCUUCGGCAUGGGCAUCGUCGACAAGAUGUUCCACGAGACCAAGCCGGCCAGACACCACAUCAUCGAGGCGCACCCCGAGGUCCUGGCCUACAUCAACGGCCCGGACUGCGAGUUCGGCAAGGACUGGGAGGCGGCCGGGUCGGAGAAGGGGGCCUACCAGGUCCACGAGGGCCGAUGGCAGGACGUCAUACCCCAGCUCCUCGAGGCUGGCGAGACCUACGACGCCAUCUACUUUGACACCUUUGGAGAGGAUUACGCCCAGUUGCGCAUGUUCUUCACCGAGUAUGUGCCAGGACUGCUAGAGGAGAGCGGCAAAUUCAGUUUCUUUAACGGACUUGGUGCCGACAGGCAGAUCUGCUACGACGUCUACACCAAGGUUGUCGAGAUGCAUCUGUCCGACGCCGGAAUGGAUGUCGAGUGGCGCGAAAUGGACGUCGACAUGCAGAGGCUCGGCGCAGAAGGUGAGGGUGAGUGGGAGGGUGUCAAGCGGCGGUACUGGACACUAGACAAAUACCGACUCCCCGUUUGCGCUUUCAUGGGUUGA